AUGUCUUUGACGUCACUCUCAGUGAUGAUGACGGUAUUUGUGCUCAAUUUGCAUCAUUGUGGACCGAUGAGACACGAACUGCCUCGAUGCCUGAGGUGCUUGAUCGAGAAGCCAGCCAAAACAAAAGUCUCAAUGAGACAAAGCCGCAUCAGGAAGCGAAUUUUAGAUUAUGCCAGCAUCUCGCCCAUGAGACGUGGUCAACACUCGCCCAUCUUCACGACUCGAACCGUUGCAAAUGAGCAUUUUGAGGAAGAUCAAAUUUAUGCAUUAGAGAACAUUUCUCACCAUAGACAACAUUUUAUGCCCAGUCCCAGAGCCACGCCUGUGGCGCGAUCUUUGCUGGCUCGUAAUUUGUCGAUGCAGAUAGCCUUAGACAGGUCAGCGAGAAACAUGAUGUUCAUCAGUCAGGUUUACAGAUUGUUAAAGUGCAUGGACACCUCAUCAAUCUCAGGCGCCAGUGAGGAACAAGUGAUGCGGAAUUCGGGCUCUCAAGCAAAAAGACUCCAUUAUGGGGCGAACCGCUCGCCGACUCGAUCCCACUCAACGGAAGACCGACGCUUCACGCAUCUUCGAAACGCGCCAAGCCCAGAAGGUGUCACUUCGGCCGGUCUUUUUGAGCGCUCCGAAUUGUUGCGGCUGUUGCUUGACAUCGACAAUCGGCGGGACAUGGAGGAGGGCGAGACUCGACGGAUUGAAGAAUGGCGUCAGGUGGCUCGUGUCAUGGACAGGACGCUUUUCUGGGCCUAUCUGGCUUGCGCGACCUUUUCUACACUCUUCAUCCUUGUUGUGGCUCCGGCCUUUCAAAUCAUGCCUGAAGCCAGACUCAAGAAUGAACACCAUAUCUCUGGUACAAAUUACACCCUAGAGCCGGUGUAG